ACAGUUUUUUUAUGUGUUGCCGCUGUGGGAACACUCUAGUCCUUGCGUCGUGCCAAUACAGCUCCUGCAGUUUGAAACAAUCCCGCAGAAGGAGAGGGGGGUGGAGAGAGACAGACAGGCAAGGAGCGGGGUGUGGAGACGCAAGACGGAUAGAGUAAACACCUGUAACAGUAGAAGAAAGCGACACCGGCGUGAACGUGGAUCAGAUAACAAUUUCGGAGAAUCAGCUCUUUCUGUGUAUUGUACCCGCGCGGAGCGAAGGGCGCUCGCGGAGGGGAUAUAAGCAAGACCGCGCGCCGGCGAUGACACUGCAGUUUCCACUCGGGGGGAGAGCGCGUGACUGCGCGGCGUGCGGGCGGACCGGCGGGGACCUGAGUUACCGUCACGGUCCCGGGAGGGCAGGAUCGACAGGUCUCUCUUCGCGCGGCUGUUAAUGGGAGCCCCGGGUCAGGCUCCGCUCAGCUCGCUGCACGCAACCGGUGGCGGCUUCAGACGUGCGCGUACGAGCCAGGUCCUUCACAUCGCAAGCUGCGCCGAGUCCUCUCUCAGCAAGCAGCGCAGACUUAACGGUGAAAAUGGGCCGGUACAGCGGGAAAACGUGCCGCCUGAUUUUCAUGCUGGUGCUGACUUUCGUGUUUUUCGUGGCCGAGAUCGUGGCCGGUUACCUGGGCAACUCCAUCGCGCUGGUGUCGGACUCCUUCAACAUGCUGUCCGACCUGAUGUCGCUGUGCGUCGGGCUGACCGCCGCCCGCGUGUCGCGCCGGCCCAGCUCGGGCCGCUGCACGUACGGGCUGCUCCGGGCGGAGGUGGUCGGGGCGCUGGCCAACGCCGUCUUCCUCGGAGCCCUGUGCUUCUCCAUCACCGUGGAGGCCGUGAAGAGGCUGGUAAGCCCGGAGAGGAUCGACGACCCGAAGCUGGUGCUGAUCGUGGGGGCGCUGGGGCUGGCCGUCAACAUCGUCGGGCUGCUCAUCUUCCAGGACUGCGGCGGGUGCGCCAGGAGGAAGAGGAAGAGAGGGAGCUCGGCGCGGGAGAAGGAGGACGCGCACGGCGGAGCAGGUGCCCCAGUGCUGACCGGCAGCACCCCAGACCAGGAGGGCAAUGUGAAGGAGGACAGCCAGCCCCUCAACAUCCGAGGAGUGUUGCUCCAUGUGCUGGGUGAUGCCCUGGGUUCGGUGGUGGUGGUGGUGGCCUCUGCCAUCUUUUUCGCGCUGCCCCUGCCCCCCGAGGCCCCCUGUAACUGGCAGUGCUACGUGGACCCCAGCCUCACCAUCGUCAUGGUGAUCAUCAUCCUGUCGUCCGCGGCGCCCCUCGUCAAGGAGACCGGCUCCAUCCUGCUGCAGAUGGUCCCCCAGGGCCUGGCGGUCCACGGCAUCGGUGAGCCCCCAGCCCCACACUGGGGGGCAGUGUUCAGUGCUCCCCGCCGGCCAGCGCACACAUGCAGACCAAUAGGGCCAGUACUGGCACACAAACAGCACGAAACUAAGUUCAAAGACAAUAAAUACUGUUUUCACAGGAAAGCUCACGAUUUGUGUCGCUGUACCAACACUGUUGUCAUCACCACCGUCUCUAACAGGAUCAUCUUCGCCAUCCUCCUCCUCCUCCUCCUCUCCCUGCGGGUGUCAAGAUCGGUCAGUCAAGGGCAGUGGACAGAGCCUCUCUCUGAAGAGAACCUCCAGUUCGUCCUGCUCCUGCCUGGCAGUGAGUGCACACAGGCCCUGAGCGCACGCUCGGCGCAGCUCAAGUGUGGAGCUGGAGGUGUGUUCCAGUCGUACCCCGGACCCCAGCGCUCUCUCUUCGUGGGGUCCCCUAAGGGACCCUGCUUCCUGUGCUCGGAUGCAGAGCGCGGCUCCCCGGGAGGAAGUGGCGCUGGUGCCGCCUGGUCCGGAUGCCCGUGCCCGGGACACAACAAAACGGGCCCGGCGGCCAGAAACCCGCCGGCUUCCCGCUCUCGGCAGCGGAGGGCAGGGGUGGCGGUGGAGGUGGAGAGGGCAGGGCCCCCGGCUGUCCGAGAUCGCGCGGGCGGGAGUGUUCGGAUCGCCCCCCCGCAGAGCCCCCCUCCCCUGCGCCCCUCCGCCCGCUCCUGCGACGCCCAGAAACCCGCCGGCUUCCCGCUCUCGGCAGCGGAGGGCAGGGGUGGUGGCGGUGGAGGUGGAGAGGGCAGGGCCCCCGGCUGUCCGAGAUCGCGCGGGUGGGAGCGUUCGGAUCGCCCCCCCGCAGAGCCCCCCUCCCCUGCGCCCCUCCGCCCGCUCCUGCGUUUUCAAGAUCGGAGCCCCCCCUGCUCCCAUCACUCGCUGCCGCAGCUGGACGGAGCGGGCCAGGAAAAUAAAGCCUUCCGUUAG